AUGCAACGGGGGUCUUGCUUCUGGCCCUUGUUGGGCUUGUUCCGGCUUCCGGCAUAUGAAUUGCCGUCUCAUCUUAAAGAGCUUUAUCAACAGCACGAGGGUGGAAAAUUUAAUAAUAUCCUUCAGUCUGGUUUCAGCGAUGGAGAAUCUGGCAAAGCCGAUAUCGCCGACUGUGGUGACACUCACGAUGCUAUUUUCUUGCACACCCAGUCGGGCAAUGGUGCAUACACCGACAUGGACAUCGACUGCGACGGUGUCGACAACAGUGCCGGUGCAUGCUCGAAUGACCCAAGUGGGCAAGGACAGACUGCAUUUCAAGACGAAGUCAAGAAGCUUGGAAUUUCAGACUUGAACGCAAACGUGCACCCUUAUGUUGUCUUUGGCAAGCGUAAUGGCCGUGAUUUGCAAUGGAGAGUUGGUGAGUCCAUGGCUCUUCAGAUAUACACUUUAAUUACAAUACCAUCUUCUCUAACAUCAGUGAGUCUCAAGCACUAUGGGAUUUGGGGAGAGACCAACGGAGGGGACUUGGUCGGAGAAUCCUCCCUUUCCAUGGCAAAGCUCUGCUUCCCAGAAGAGCACCUCAACCGCGACCGUGGCCACGAUAUAAAGGACGUCAUGUACAUUGGAUUCAGCGGCAAGAAUGCCGUCCCCAGAAAAUCCGCAAACUGGCAUGCCCUCGAUGGCCAAGCUUUCGAGAAAAGCCUCAAGGCUAUCGGUGAUAGUCCUGUUGCCAAAUUCUCCGCUUCCCUCGAGGACUCUUCAACUCCAACUCCCGGAAACGGGUCGAAGAGUGCCUCCGCCUCAUUCAAGACUACUCCAACUCCAACUCCAACAAGUAAAAAUUCGAGCGCUUCUAUUGCUCGCCGUGGCAAGCACCGAUCCACAAAGGACAAGACACGGGAUCGCCGUCAUCACAGCGCUACUUCGGGCUAUUAUUCCACCACGACGCCUGCGACUCACACACCGAGUCACCGUCCUUCGCACACUAGCCGCCCGAUCACCAGCUCGGCACCUGUGAGCAGUCACACCCCGGCCAAAACACCUGCUGCCACUCCUUCGUCGACU